AUGGCAGAUAGUCAGUAUCGCCCCGUGUACCAGACGCAGCACCUCGGGAACUCCAACCUCGUGCCCAAGCCCUACGUGUCCAGGUACUCUGCUGACAGGCCCUACAGAGCUCCCGUCGCGUCGCCUCGCACGUUCCUCAUGCAGAUGGAGCCGAAAGGGGAGCAGAAGACGAAGGAGAACAAGGAGAAUGAGGGGGUCAAGGCUGUGAGGGAAUCGAAAGAUACGCGAGGGAAGGUCAAAAAGUCGCCGACGACUACUCCGAAAGAAACUCUAACGACUGCGGAAAAGCUCGAUUCAGCCCCCCUGGUGAAGAAGCCAUGCCCCACUCGGCCUGCGCCAAGUCCCACUCGGUCUUCACCAAGUCCCACUCGGUCUUCACCAAUUCCCCCUCAGCCCACUCAAGCUGCACCGACUCUCACUCAGCCUGCACCAGUUCCCACAAAGCCUGCUCUAAGUCCCACUCAACCCGUACCUAUUCCCAUUCAUCCUGAUCCAAGUCGUACUCAGCGCGAACCAAGUCCUACUCUAGAGACGAAAUCUGAAGAUGCCGAACCCACUUUAAUCAGAGGCGAACGAGAAACCACUCCCCACAAGGACGACGAAAGGAACCCCCCUUCGAGGCGCUCUCGGCCGAAUUCACUCAUACUCACAGAUGCAGCAUCACCCGACUCUGGGGAUCCUAGAGACCCGCCGAAGGAGAGAAUGACUAGGUCUUUGUCUCCUCUAGAUCAAAAGCCACCUCCUGCGACCCAUGAUCUAGGUGAGCAAGCGAGCCGUGCCUUGUCUUCUGGAGCAGCUGCCUCGGAAGACUCUGAAAAGUCCGAGAAGACAGCCUUGUAUAACUGUUCAAAUCAGCCCUUCAACUCCUUCGGUGAACUUGAGGCCUUGAGGAGCAAGUCUCCCCCGGUGGAAUCCCCAACUGACGCUAAAGAAGAGCCAAGCAAAGGUGAAGGGAGCUAUGACAUCAGCACGGAUGACUUCGACUAUGCUGACGGGUCUGUCGAAGCCAUUAACCAGCUGGAAGACAUGCUGGAGCGCGAACAAGCAGACUCGCCCCCUGUUGGCAUUGAGGCACCGACGUUGUUGUCGGCAGCCAGCGUCAGCACUCUCAGCCGCGACUCUCUCGAUGGGUUCCUCAACGACGACAUGGGUAGUCUCACGAACUUCGUCACGCAGAAGACCCUAGAAUACCAUGUGAGAAAGGGCCCCAAGCCUGACGACAAGAAAGCAGACGGGCAGGACGAAGGAGGGGAGAAGGAGAGCUUGCAGGACGAAGGCAAAAUUGUCCAAAGUAUGGGAGAGAGCGUCGAUUUCUGCUUCGAGGAGGUCGAGGAUUCGCCCACCCACACCGCCGCAGAGGAACCCGCCGGCGACGACGAGAAUAAAGGCAGCAAACUCUCCCCGACGUUCAGCAAGUUCACCCAGAAGGUCUCGGACAAGAAUAAGGAGAACGAGGAGAAGAGCAAGUCCCCGAGUCGAUUCAGUCCAAGGAACUUCCUUUCGCUGGGGAACAAAGACAAGAACAAAUCCAAGAGCAAGUCCCCGACGCCCGACAGCGGCGCCAAGACGGAGGGCUGGACCACGGAGGCCAUCGAGGAGUACCUGGUCCAGAACAAGAAGGAGGAAACCGUCCGUCUCGGUCUCAUGGACGAGAAGGACGUCGAAGUCCACCAGGCGAAGAAGGAAGGCAAGAUCCCUUCGAAAGAAGACCUGAGCAGGCUGCCCGAAGUGACAGUCCACGAGGUCGUGACCAUCAGGCCGGACAGCUGCUGCAAGAAGCGCCCUGCGCCCGUCCCGCCGCAAGGGAAAUCCUCCGCCUGGAAGCCCGAGGACAUCGAGAACUACCUGCUGGAACACAAUCCCGACGAGAACCUCCGCCUCGGGCUCCUGUCGCAGGAGGACAUCCAGAUCUACGAGUGGAAACGAGCCACGGGUGAGCUGGCGAUGCGUGUAAAUCUAGACAACUACUGA